UGGUAGUUCCCACAAUGCGUUGGGAGAGAGGAAUGUAGCAGGAGGAUGCUGCAGAGAUCGGCGACGAAUAAACAGAAAAAUACUUGCAUUUCCAGCAAAGAUAAUGGAACCUUUAAGCUUUUUCGUCGUUUUCUCUAUUGCUGUUUUAGUCAGAUGUUCCGAUGUCAAACAUGAAAACGUUGAUUGGAGGAUUGGCCAAAACUUCAGUAGUAUAUUAUUAAGCAGGCGCAGGGCAGUCGAGCAGAUGGAUGUUUACACUAUCCUCUCCAAGGUGCAUGCUGACCGGAAUGUCUAUCCUUCUGCUGGGGUCCUCUUUGUUCAUGUUUUGGAAAGAGAGUAUUUUAAGGGGGAAUUCCCUCCUUAUCCUAAACCCGGCGAUGCGAGGAAUGACCCCAUCACAUUUAACACCAAUUUAAUGGGCUACCCGGACAGACCUGGCUGGCUUCGUUAUAUACAGAGAACACCGUAUAGUGAUGGAGUGCUUUAUGGAUCUCCAACAGCUGAUCUUGUGGGCAAACCAAUUAUCAUUGAGAUUACUGCCUACAACCGACGUACAUUUGAGACUGCAAGACACAACCUUGUCAUUAACGUCAUGUUCUCAGAGGAAUUUCCAUUAAAGUACCAAGCAGAAUUUUUUAUAAAGAACAUGAAUGUUGAAGAGAUGUUGGCAAGUCAAGUGUUGGGAGAUUUCCUUGGAGCUGUGAAAAAUGUGUGGCAGCCAGAUCGGCUAAAUGCCAUUAAUAUCACCUCAGCAUUGGAUAGAGGAGGCAGAGUCCCUCUCCCUAUAAAUGACCUAAAGGAAGGGGUGUAUGUGAUGGUGGGUGCUGAUGUUGCAUUCUCUUCCUGUCUGAAGGAAGUAGAAACUCCUCAGAACCAGCAGCUUUGCAGUCAGGAGAUGGAACCUGUCAUUAGUUGUGAUAAGAAGUUUAGGGCAAUGUUUUACAUUGACUGGUGCAAAAUAUCUCUGGUGGAUAUUACAAAAUUAGUCUCUGUUGGUAAGGAAAGGCCCGACCCAGGGAGUGGAGUGUUACCGGAUAUUGGAGAAUACAGCCCACCUUCUGAGUCACUAAAAAGUAGAGACUAUUUCUCAGACUUCCUGAUAACACUGGCAGUACCUUCUGCUGUUGCCUUGAUCCUUUUCAUCAUCCUUGGGUACGUCAUGUGCUGCCGACGGGAAGGGGUGCAAAAAAGAAACAUGCAAACACCAGACAUCCAGUUGGUUCAUCACAGUUCUAUCCAGAAGUCUACCAAGGAGCUACGAAACAUGUCCAAGAACCGCGAGAUAGCAUGGCCUCUUUCAACAUUGCCUGUGUUUCACCCAGUCAGCGGUGAAAUUGUACCACCCUUACACCCAGACAGCUAUAAGACUACCAGUAUGCCACUAAUGCAGACACAAACUAAUCUGCAACAUCAGACACAGAUGUCACAACAGCAGACUGCAGGACGGAAUUAUUGUAUGUCAACAUUCCAGCGACGCGAGGUAAAUGGUAUUCCUGAAGAAAGAAAACUGACAGAAGCACUAAAUUUGUAAUUUAUUAGAAUGCAAUUAAUUUGUAUACACUAAUUUUAAAUAAUAUAGACAUGCUUUUGCCAUUAAUAUGCUAAUUUGCAUGAUCAUACAAUAGAUACAUAAAGUACUUUAUUGUUAACAUAUAGAUGUGUUAUUCAGGUUUUCAGUAUUCCAGUGUAGAAUGCGGAAUCUGGAAGUAUUAUUUACAUAUAGAUUAGAUGAUGCAUUUUUUGGAGGAUUGAUUUUUUUAAAAAAUAUUUUGCUAAUCAUUAAAAUUGUAAUUUCUGUAAUAAGCAUCUGUAAUAAACUUGUCAGCAUUUUUUUAGUCUGCUAGUUCUAGAACA